CAGAAAAAAAAAGAAAAGAAUCAUAUCUGUUUUUUCCCUCGAAGAAUCGCUGGAGAAACCGGAUUGACUUUCCCCUCGAAUUCUCUCCCGGAAAAUCCGAACCCUUGCUCGGGGGUGCCGCCGGAAUCCCAGGGCUCCGCCUCUCCUCCGCCGCCGUCCGCAGGUCCAUCUCGGUUUCAAAUGCUGUUAUAUGGUUGGCUGUGAUCCAACAUAUUGUCGGAGAGCAAUAGAAUCUGGCGUUAUGCAGCCGAAGUCUGAAAGUUCAAACAGGGUAGAGGCUCAUCCACAUAUCAUCCAAACUAGUGCAGUAUUCACCGAACCCUGGUGGCGUGGCAUAGGAUAUAAUCCUACUUCUCCAGCUGAUCCAGGAAGAAAUGAAACCCAUGCGCCUUUAGGAUGCAUAAAUGGUGGUUCAGAGUCCAAUGGUGGUCAAUCACAGUCAAACGAGGAAAGAGUUGAGGAAGAUGACGAUGACGAUAAUGUCAAAGGAUCAGGGAACCCUGCAUGCUCAGGAGCAGUAGGAAAUCAAGGACAAGAGCCUCAAAAUGGGCAUGGUGCUCCCCCUAUACUUACCAUGCGUGAUGAUGGCCUUGCACAACCUCCCCAGCUAGAACUUGUCGGUCACACAAUUGCAUGUGCAUCUAGUCCUUAUCAAGAUCCAUAUUAUGGGGGGAUAAUGGCACCAUAUGGGCAUCAGUCAAUGGCUUAUCCUUUUGUCGGUAUUCCUCAUGCUAGGAUGCCUCUGCCCCUUGACCUGGCACAGGAGCCUGUUUAUGUAAAUGCUAAGCAGUUUCAGGGGAUUUUGAGACGAAGACAAGCACGUGCUAAAGCUGAGCUUGAAAAGAAGCUUAUCAAGAAUAGAAAGCCGUAUCUUCAUGAGUCGCGGCACCAGCAUGCCAUGAGAAGAGCCAGGGGAAGUGGAGGGCGCUUUGCUAAGAAAAGUGAAAACGAUGCUUCGAAUGAUGCAGCUGAAGAGAAGGGCACAAACUCUGGUCCGGCUCUGUCUUCCCAAUCUGCCAGUUCAUCGGGCUCUGAACCUUUGGCACCUGACUCCUCUGAAACCUGGAAUUCAUCUAGUAGUCACAUGGCAGGAAGGUCGCAAGCGCAUGGAACUCACGGAGGUCAUGACUACGUGAAUGGGAACAGCCAGUACCAAAAUCACAGCCACUUCCAGGCCUCAGCAUAUUCAAAUGAAAGGGAGAGAGACCGCUUUGGCCAGCAACCCAGAGAGCGUCUUCGCUAGCCGGGUUCAAGAACCCUGCAUGGGUCCCAUGGUGCAAGGUAUUGGGCCCACCUCUAAAUAUGUAAGAAGGCUGGUGUCAUGGUUUCGAUCCCGCAAUUCUUGGCAAUCUAUUUGCUGGGCGGCAAUUCAUUCUUGGCUUUUGUUCUUUGUGUUUGUGGGUGCUUGUUGGAUAAAAGGAGGUUCUGAGGAGGAGACGAGGAAUAUGGGCAUGUGAGAUUGUGGAUGUCUACUUCCUCAUUUUCCCCCAACCUUCCUUGUUCCUUUAGUCUGUGUACAGGAGUAGGUCUCUCUGUUGUGAACUUUAGACUGCAAUUUUAGCUUUUAGUCAAGACAGGACAUCCUCUUAAUGCUUGAAUUUUAGGUCAUCACAGCUGAGAAAAAAUAAUGACGACUUUGAUGAACUGAUUUUUCUAUUUGUACCGGAUUUUCUUUUUAGCA